AGGGGGGGCGUGAGGAGCGCGGCGGGGCCUCCUGAGGGGGCCCCGGGUGAGGGGGGGGUCGCGCUGAGGCGGUCCCGGCCGAGGGGUGAUGGGCGGCGUGCGCUGGGCCUUCCCCUGCGCCUCCUGGCGCCCCCGCCGCGAGGAGUGGCUGCUGGCGGCGCGGCUGGUGCAGCCCGAGGAGAAGGAGCGCAUCGGGCGCUUGGUGUUCGCCCGCGAUGCCAAAGCCGCCUUGGCUGGUCGCCUGCUGAUGCGGAAAUUAAUUGCAGAAAAGCUGUGCAUACCUUGGAAUGAAAUACACCUGGAAAGGACAUCAAAAGGAAAACCAUUCCUGGCAAAUGCCAUACUCAGUGCCUGUUCGAAUUACAACUUCAAUGUCUCUCAUCAAGGGGAUUAUGCAGUUCUUGCAGCUGAGCCUGAGCUCCAAGUUGGUGUUGAUGUCAUGAAGACUAGUUUACCAGGUAGCAGCUCAAUUCCAAAUUUCUUUCACAUCAUGAAGCGACAGUUUACUGAGACAGAGUGGGGUGUAAUCAAAUCUAUGAAUAAUGAAUGGAUGCAGCUGGAUAUGUUUCAUCGGCACUGGGCCCUAAAAGAAAGCUUCUUAAAGGCUAUUGGAGUUGGAAUUGGCUUUAACUUGCAAAGAAUUGAAUUUAAUGUGUCUCCAUUGCAACUGGAAAUAGGGAAGGUGUAUAAGGAGACACAAAUGUUGCUGGACGGAGAUAAAGAAGAAGAGUGGACUUUUGAGGAAACCCGGUUAGAUGACUAUCAUCAUGUUGCAGUGGCUCUUGGGAAGCAGGAGGGAUAUGGACAGCAGCAUUCUGAUGUGUGUUCCACGGAACCUAAUCAACCACAGUUUACAUUAUUGACUUUUGAAGAUUUAGUCGCAUGUGGUAUUCCAAUGGCACCUGAGGAUUGUGCAUGUUGGGACAACUUUUGUUCUAAGCAAGAGACUCCAGUGAAACAGAGUUCACAUUCAAGAUAAGAAUGCUUACAAGCAGCGAUCCAGACAUGUGGGAUUACUGAAACACUUGUCUAAUACCCUUGUUAUUUCUGAAACAAUUUGUGGGAACACAAAACUGCUUGCAUCUGGACUAAUUGUCCCUGCUGUGGCAUUCUUGUAAUACUGGGUGUGUUCAAGUCUUUUCUAGGACAAAGAUACUCCCUGAUUUUUAUUUUUUGCUGUUUGUUUUUGUUUUUGUUUUUUUCCCCUGCAAUUUUAAUUUAAUGAAGUUCAACCUAGUUUCUUGACAUAAACUAUAACGUAACAUUAUUGUAUUCUACAUUAGAGAGAGUCAUUCGGUCUAAAUUGCAAAAAUAAUGUGAUAUUUAAGACAUGUAGGAAGAUACAUAUUUUCAAAGAAAACAGGCCACAGUGUUGCAUAGUGGCACUUAUUAAUACCUGUAAGAAAAUUUCUGAAGAAUUUUGUUUGAAGCUGUGCUGUGGAACACAAAGGUUCUUGUAGCAGAACCUCAUUCUCUCUCUCUCUCUCUCUCUCUCUCACACACACACAAAACACUUUGGAUUUAUAAGUGAUGUAAACAGUAAAUAAUGCAUAUUUUAGUUGAAAUGCAUCUUUGAUCCUCGAACAUUUAGAGGUACCCAGAUACCUUUAUUUCUCCUUUUCAAAGCAGCAAAGGAGUGCUGCCAUAUGGCAAGGUGUUACGAGAACCUGCCCAGUAGCCACCAUAACAGCACUGAGGUUUUGAUUGAGUUGGGUUUUGAGGACUUACCAACAGCAACCACACUGAGGUUAGAUUUACCCUUGUUUGUAAAGCUCAUGAAUAAGCUGAUGUAUCAGCUCCAUCCUGUUUCCUCAUCUGUUGGCUUGGCUGACGCUGUGCCCUCGGUCCCGCAGCCCCUCCAACAUCUGCCAAGGGACCUUUGCUGCAGCAGUUUUCAAUCGGCCGCUCUCAGCACGCUGAAAAUUCCUGCUGACAGCGGGUUGACCCUGAGCUGAUAUAUUGUGGUAUCAUUAUGCGUGCUUUGGUGCAAUAUCCCCCUAGCAAGAUAAUAGAAAAGAUGGUUAAAUGAAUUAUACAUUAAGACUGUAAAUGAAGAGGGAAAAUAAAUAUGAAAAACAAGAUGAAAGUGUAUUCAUGCUAGCUUUUAACUCACAAAGAGAAGUUUUUAGUUCUACUUUGUUCUAAGGUCUCAAAGCAUCUGAAGUUAUUUCAAUCAGUUUUUCAGUCAAUAAUUUAAAUAUUUGUUUCCUUUUUUUUUUUUUCUUCCCUUCCCCUCAAGGUUAAAUAAUAGUAUUCAUCUUACACACUUCUGAAGUUCCUGCUUAGAUUCUUAAACUAGUGAAUUUCUGUUGUCACAGUAGUUUAAGGUUUCCAGCCUUGGUUCAGUGUUCUAAAAAAUUGCUUUCCUUUAAUCUUGAAAUAGUCUGAAUUUCACUCAAGUGACCAUUCACAUCCAAUUUAUCCAAGGGAAUCUGAUAACAGACAGAAUGCAGGAACCUGGACUGCCCUCAAAUUCUCAUACAGGCUGGCCGCUUUCCCAUACCUCUGCCCGAUCCUGUGUGUCAGGAUUCUGUUCGCUGCCCAGGUAGGGCACACUUAUGCUCUUUCCGUUGGUACAGCAGUGCCAAGGGAUGGCAAAGGCUGGGGUCGCACAGUGCUUCUCAGAUAUUCUCACACAAAUAGAGCAGCAGCAGCAUGAUUCUGACAGCGCAGCACUUCCUGCAGCCUGCUGCAGCUGUUAUGCAGUUGUUCAACCUGGUCCCGUUUCGGUCAGAGGUGGAGAGUGCAUGUUUCUGUUGUAAAGGCUUUUAAGUUGCCUCAUUGUUUCUUGAACUGCAUUGAACUUACUUAAUGUCACUGAAUAUUAAACUCCCAGUUGCAUGACAAAUAAUUAAUUUUAAUUUUUUUUCACUACAUCUAGUGAUGUUAGCUAGAAGCAUCAAGUUUGGGGAAGCUUUUGCAACAGAAUCGUACAGAAUCACACAACAGCUGAGGUGGGAGGGGCCCUCUGAAGGCCACCUGGUCCAACCCCUGCUCAAGCAGGAACACCCAGAGCAGGCCACAUCCAGGUAGCCUUGGGAGAUCCCCAAGGAGGAGACCCCACAGCCUCUCUGGGCAGCCUGUGCCAGGGCUCCAUCACCUGCCGAGCACGGCAGUGCUGCCUGGUGCUCAGAGGGAGCCUCCUGGGUGCCCGGCUGUGCCCAUGGCCUCAUUGUUAAGCUACUCAGAUGUGCAUCACUCCUUAUAGUCUUGUAUCCUGGCAUUCAUACCAUCAUAAUGCAUCUUUCUUCGCCUUUUGGAAAGGUACAGAAAAUAACUUUUUUUUUAUUAUUUUUUUCUCCAUUUGUUUUCUUUCCAUUUUUUAACUAUCUGUCGCUCAGAGUAAAUUAGCAUAGCACCAAUUUAUUUUCUGGGGGGUUGCACCUACACAGAUUUACAAUGGCUAAGGGUUAGACCUGAUAUACUAAAUUGAGAGUGGGAUUUGAAUCAUAACCAUUAAUGAUGGCUUUCUUAUUGAGAAAACUGUAUCUUUGGCAAUGGAAAAUUGAUCUGAGUACUGAUCUCUUUCAUAAACUUCAUGGGAUUGGCAUGUUUUGGAAAAAUGCCACAGGAAUGUAUUUAAACUCACAUGGGAGAAGCACCUUGGAAUUACUUUAAUCACUAUGACUACAACAGAAAUUGGUAGGCAGUUUCCUAUAGCUUUAGAUCAAUUUCACAGGAGGUACUGAAGUUUUUCAAAGCCAUUAUGAGUUUCUAAAAUAUUUUAAACUGUUUUCAAGAUUACAGAAUUCAAAGGAAACAUCUUCCCUGUUUAGACUUGCUCCAAAGAAAUAUUAAUGGAGAGUGUUAAACUUGUGUUAGCAUUAUGAUGUUGAAAUUCACAGCAGAAAAAAAAUGUGUUUUAAGUGGCAUUUCACCAAAUUAUGACUGUCACCAGACAUCCUGAGUUGACCAUCCAUAGCUAAUUAAAUCUCUUAAGUCCUUCCACUGCUUCUGUGCCAUGAAUAUGCUAAUGGAUGCUUUCAUCAGUGUUUGCAAUUUCUGCUUAUGGCUAAUGAACUGCUGGGUUUGAUUUUAAGGCAUAGUAGGUGGGCACCCUAAUAACCAGUGCAGAAGGGACUGUAGUGGAAGGAGGAAGUAUAAAAAGACAAAAAAUAUAAAAGAUCUUUAUAAAUACAGUUAUAGGUUUUAUAUAUCUUUGUGUUAUGCAUAAAGGAUGCUGUGUAUGUAAGACAUUAUGUAAUAC